AUGGAAAAUAAAAUCAAGGAACUCAAGAACUUGGUAGAUCAGCCAGAUAAGCUACAGAAAAGUGUACGUGGUAUUAGCUUACCCAGUUCCAACAAUUUUAUAAGCUCGACUCACAAAAUAUCUUAUGAAAGAGGAUGUUCUAGGUAUGCGUUCAAUCCUUUGCUCGUCCUGGAAUCUGGAUCUAAGUAUGCCUUUGGACCAACAAGCGUGUUUCACGAUCCACAGAUAAUAAAUAGAGAGCUAAUUGAGAUAGUACCAACGCCUAAAUUGUCAAACGCGUGUGAGAAGUUGAAGCUAAGUGAGACUAUUUUCGAUUCAAUUUACUACAUGAAAGAUCUGCCGGUUCCAUUAUAUGUGUUCGAACCAUCGAGGUUACCACAGUCUCUAAUAAAAGACUCUCUUUCAUGCUUUUUCAAAUAUAGCUAUACGAUGGCAUUUUACUUCAUACAUAGAGAAUCAUUUCUCUAUUAUUUCAUGAAUAACGAUUUUGAAAAUAACUUCGUCUCAGAAGAGCUAAUAUAUUCCAUGAGUGCCUUAGGAGCUAGAAUGAGUCAAAAUCCAGAAUUAAGAGCUAAAGCAGAUCAUUAUUACGAAACAGCAAUAGGAAUUGUCUUCCAAAGCAAUGCAGACCCCAACUUGAAUACUGUCAAUUUGAACUCCGCAUCAGUGACUAGGAUGCAAGCUUUAUUGUGUCUCGCAAUAUAUGACAUUGGAAAAGGGCGUUUGACGAGCGGGUGGUUACUUUCAGGAUUGGCUUUCAGAAUGGGACAUGAUUUUGGAUUUGAACUAGAUCCUAAGGAUUGGGAUGAAGAUAUGAAUAAAUGCAAUAACAAAGAGCUUGCAAGGAAGUACCCUUAUCUGCUGAGGAGUGUGAAGAGUCGAAUAUACUGGGGAUGCUACGUAGCCGAUCACUUCAUCAGUCUAGCUUUGGGAAGAACUACUUCGCUUAAACUUAGCGAUACAAACAUGCCAUGCGUCUCUCCAUUGGCUGAUUUCACGAACGUUGAAGAAUUUGUAUAUGUAGAUCCCGUUUCAAACAUAUCUUAUUCUGCAUACCCCAGUUUGAUUGCUAUUUUAAAAUUGGCAAACUUGACGGAAUCGAUGCUAACAUCAGUUUUCACGCAAAGGUCAGACGAUGAUGCGAAGCUACAGUCAGAGAGACUAGAAAGACUAAGUCACUAUAAUCAUCAGCUUUACAAUUGGAGGACACGACUUCCAAAAGAGCUUAGCUGGAAUAAGAGUGAUUUGAAGAAUAUGGGACACAAUAUUGUAAUCCUGACACCGAGAUUGUAUUAUUACAUAAUUUCAAUGUGUCUAAAUAGACCAUUCUUGACGAGCUCAUCGGAUAUUCAAGGUGGCAUGUCACCAUUUAGCAUUUGUCAUGAUGUUGUCGAGGAAGUACAAAUAACGAUUAAAGCUCUACAGGAAGCUUACGGCAGAAACUUUACCUUCAUCAGCAUUUUUUUAUUAUACUGUACUCUUUUGUCCAUUAGUAUUUUACUUUAUGAGCUUUCUUCUUCAAAAUUUGACUAUGAGAAAAAAAGAUGCAUGAAUAAAAUAACCUUUUUCCAAGAUUUCUUAAGACAUUGUGCUACUAUUUGGGACCUUGGUAAAAAGCCUUCUAGUAUCAUUGAUAAAAAGUUAGAGAAGUUCCAGCUGGACUUGGAAGCUUUAAGAACAUCUGACAACUCAAUUGAGGAAGUACUCAACAGUGAAGUCAAUUUGUUCAACUUCCCUACCUUUUCGCAAGACCAGACAAUUAACUAUUUGCGCCUUGACUUGGCUAAUUUAGAUUGGGAAAAUGAAUUCAAUUUUUUAUAA